GCUCCAGUGGGUUGACUCUGCUUCAUUCUUGAAGUACUGACUUGUGCACCUCUUUUAAUCUAAACUUACUGAAAUCUGAUUCUUCCAGUUUUCCCCGUCCAUCUCCCCAAAAAAAGUGUUAAAUGUUAAUAGUAGUCUCAAUGAGAAGGCCCCAGCUACAUCUUCACUCUGAAGCUUCCUCUCCUUCACAUUUAAUCAGCUUCCUCCUUAACAGUGGCAAAUACCUAUACAACACCCUUCUAAUUGCCUAAGUUGCAGCCAGGUGAGCGCUUUUUGCUCCUCUCCAAUCUUUCCCAUCUUUGUGUCAAUAAUUUUUCUUUGUUUAAAGAGAAUUCCCCUGGCCGAAUGAGUCUCCAAUUUAUCUAUUACGCUUGUUUGCCCUUUAUAUGUUGCUUCUGCCUUGAGUUCGAUGGGUUGACUCUAUUGUCUCUUCUCAACCACUGGACUUCUGCGCCUCCUUCCUUAAAGUCAAGCUGGAAGUCCUCUGAUUCCACCCCUUGCUUAUGGACAGGAAUACAAUGCGACCGUUACAGCAAUGUGGUUUACCUAAACCUCACUGCAUACCGGAUUUUUGGUCAACUGGGAGCAGAAAUUGGUCAGUUGGCUCACUUGCAGAACAUUUUAUUGGCCAAAAAUGGGUUCUCAGGAAGGAUACCUGAGUUAGGCAAUUGCAGUUUGCUAACGUAUAUAGAUCUUUCUGAGAACCAUUUUUCUGGAAACAUACCUCCAGAAAUUGGUAACUGCAAAUCUGUGAAGUCGUUACAUUUAUAUUCCAAUCAACUAGAGGGAGCCAUUCCAAAUGAAUUGGGAAGACUGUGCAAACUAGAGGACCUUGAAUUGUAUUAUAAUCAUUUGACCGGUGAAAUUCCACUCACCAUUUGGAAGAUUCAAAGUCUUAAGCAUAUCCUUCUUCAUAACAAUAGCCUUUUUGGGAAAUUACCUUCAGAGCUGACAGAGCUUAAGCAUAUGGAAAAUAUCUCAUUGUUUGACAACCAAUUCUUUGGAUCAAUACCUCAAGGCCUGGGAAUCAAUAGCAGUUUGGUGAAGUUGGACUUGAUGAAUAAUAAGUUCACUGGUAACAUCCCUCCAAAUCUUUGUUUUGGAAAGAAAUUACGCCUACUAAAUUUAGGUUUUAAUAGACUCCAAGGGGGCAUACCUCAUGAUAUUGGAAAAUGUGCAACUCCUAGGAGGUUGGUUCUCAAUGAAAAUAAUCUUUCUGGAUCUAUUCCUGAAUUUGAAGGUAAUCAGAAUCUCAUAUACAUGGACAUCAGUAAGAACAAUAUUACUGGAACAAUUCCAUCAAGUUUAGGGAACUGUACAAAUCUCACUGCUUUAAUUUUGUCCGCCAACAACAUUACUGGGCCUAUACCGUCAGAGCUAGGAAACCUUUUCCACCUUCAGGCUUUGAACCUUGCUGACAACAACCUAGAAGGUCCUUUGCCAAAGCAACUAUCAUACUGUACCAAAAUGGAGACAUUUGAUGUGGGAUUCAAUCUUCUUAAUGGUUCAUUCCCGUCAAACUUGAGGAGUUGGGGAAGACUGACCAAAUUAACUUUAAGGGAGAAUUGCUUUAGUGGGGUUAUCCCAUCUUUCUUCUCAGAAUAUGUCCAGCUUCUCGAGCUACAACUGGGAGGAAAUAUGUUGGGAGGAAAUAUGUUUGGAGGAAAAAUUCCAACAUCAAUGGGAUCAUUGCAGAAUCUCUUGUAUGGAUUGAAUCUGAGUGCUAACAAAUUAACUGGUGAGAUUCCUUUAGAAAUUGGGAAGUUGAAAAAGUUGCAAAUUUUGGAUAUAUCCUUGAACAAUUUGACAGGAAGCAUACAUGUUCUUGCUGAUCUCUCUUCAUUAACAGAAGUCAAUAUAUCACACAACUCCUUUGUCGGUGCUUUGCCAGAGUGGAAAAUGCAACAUCUGAAUUUGCUGCCAUCAUCAUUCAUGGGCAACCCUGGUCUGUGUGUCCGUUGUUCAACCUCAAAUGCCUCCACUUGCAAAUCUAGCUUCUUGAAACCAUGUGUUUCUGAAUCAACUGAUCACAAAGGCAGUAAACGUUCAAUCUUAUUUAUAGUACUUGGAUUUGUAGUGUUUAUCAUUUGCCUGUCGGUAAUAUUACUGAUUUAUGACCACCAUUAUGGCCAACGAUCUCAGGAGAAGGUCUUUGGCCAAGGAUCUGAGGACUUCGAUCCUUAUUUUCGUGAGCGAGUUUUUUCCAUCAACGAUGUUGGCCAAGGAUCUAUGUUGGAGGGGAAUGCUGAUUGUGAAGCGCAAGAGGCUUUGGAUUCAAAUGACAAAGGAGAAUUCAAAAUUAUUGACCUGAUAAAUGCCACAGAGAAUCUACAUGAUCGAUAUAUUAUUGGCAAAGGCGGGCAUGGAAUUGUUUAUAAAGCCAGACUUGAUUUUGGAGUUUUUGCUGUUAAGAAGGUUAACUUUCCCAGGAAAAGUAGGAGGAAAAUAAACAUGAUCAAAGAAAUUGAAAUGACCAGAAAGACUAGGCAUCAAAAUGUGGCAAGAUGCCUAGGCUUCUUGGUGAAUGAGGAGUAUGGUCUAACCAUCAGCAGGUACAUGGAAAAUGGAAGCCUUCAUGAUGUUUUGCAUGAAAACAAUCCACAAGCAUGCUUAGCUUGGAAUAUCCGCUAUCAGAUUGCUAUUGGAAUUGCAAAAGGACUAGCAUAUCUCCAUCACGACUUUGAUCCUCCCAUAUUGCAUCGAGAUAUCAAGCCAAAGAAUAUACUCCUUGACUCUGAUAUGCAGCCUUACAUUAUUGAUUUUGGUAUUUCCAUUGCUUUGAAUCAGUCCUCUACUGUGAUGCGUAUGCGGUCAACAUAUCAUCUAGGUACACGAGGGUUUAUGGCCCCAGAGAUCGCCUAUGUGAUAGUACCAAGUUGUGAGCUUGAUAUAUAUAGUUAUGGGGUAGUUUUGCUUGAGCUGAUAACUAGAAAGCAAGUAUUAGAUUCCUCGUUUAUGGACCAGGAAACCACUUUAGUAGGGUGGUUUAAGUCUGUAUGGAGGGGAACAAGAGAACUUGAAGAAAUUGUUGAUUCAAGCCUCGGAAGGGAGCUUUCAGAUGUAAAUGUGAAGGCGCACGUUAUCAAAGCACUUUUAGUGGCUUUGAUAUGUAUUCAGAAAGAUCCGGGAAAGAGACUGAAAAUGAUAGAUGUUGUGGAAUUCUUUGAAACACCCAUAGAUCCAGUAAUUUUGGUUCAAGAUCACGAAGCUUCAUUUCAUUUGGGAUAUUCCCUCGCCACUGCUGCGGCCUCUUUAUUUUUUCAGGGGGAAGUCAAGAUCCCUUCCGAUGAAGGUUCGUUAUCAGAUCUUCAUGAAAAGGAGGCUUCUGCAAACUCAAAUAAUCUGAAUAUCAUCCGCCCAGGAACUCCUGGAGUUGUUUCUAAAGUUGAAGUUCCAACUGGUGAUGUCUUUACUGUAAAGAAGCUUAUAUUUGCUGGGAACUUAGGCAACAUCUUAAGUGCAAAGAGAGAAAUGAAAAUGCUUGGAAUGGUUAAGCACCGAAACAUAGUUAAAAUGUUUUGGGGUUCAAUCAAAGAAAAAGAAGGUGUACUGUGGUACGAGUACUUGCCAAAUGGAAGCCUGCACGAUGUUUUGCAUGAAAAGAAACCCCCACCAUCGCUGAAUUGGGAUGUUCGUUAUAGAAUAGCAGCUGGAAUUGCUCGAGGUUUGGCAUAUCUUCAUCAUGAUUGUGAUCCUGCCAUAGUGCACUGUGCCAUCAAGCCAAAAAAUAUACUUCUGGAUUCUGAUAUGGAGCCUCGUAUUGCUGAUUUUGGUGUUGCCAAGCUUUUGGUUCAAUCUUCCACAACACCCUCCUCAUCUAUUCGAGUCACACCAGGAAGAAGUAUAUAUACAACUAUCACUAGGGAGCUUGACGUGUACAGUUAUGGGGUAGUCUUGCUUCAGCUGAUAACUCGAAAGAAGGCAGUGGAUUCAUCAUUUAUUAGGGGAACUGAGAUAGGGGAUUGGGUAAGAAGUCUCUUAGAGGAGACAGGAGACAUUCAUAAAAUUGUUGAUUCAAGCCUUUUAGAGGAGGUUUUGUAUUCAAAUCCCAAUGAACUCCAACAAGUCACCGAAUUGUUUUCCCUGGCUCUGAGAUGCACAGAGGCAGAUCCACGCAUGAGACCAACUAUGAGAGAUGUUAUCAAGCAAUUUAAUUGGUAAGAUAAUAACAAGGAAAAGAUGGACAGUUGAUCCUCACAUGCACUGGAAUUAGUAAGAUAGCAUUACUUGUACAUAUAUUGGUUGGGACUUGAUAUGUCUGCUCUUAUGAUAUGUAAUGUAUUGAUUGUGCUCA